AUCUCUUAGGAAGGUUUUCUUUUGUUCCCUGUCUCCCUUCCACUUCCCCACCACCUGUCCCUAGGGAGGACCCACCACCUGUGUAGUGGUUUUGACUCGCCCACAGCGCCCCCAUAGGGCGACUCUCAGACCGUCAUACACCGCCUUUACUGUACUGAUUCCUUCACACCUAUUCACCUGCUUGGAAACAGCAGCGAUGAUUCCGUGUCCGUAUCCCUGCACACAGCAAAAUACUAACAACGCACUUAAUGGAUGAAUGGGUUUGGAUUCCAAGUCCACUUACUAGCACCACUUUCUUGGGCAAGUUCUUUCCUCGUGAAGACCCGGGUUUCCUUCUCUGUGAGAUGGGGAGACUAACAACCACCUCCCUCGUCGUUGUGAGGAAUCAAGGGGGUAACACUUGUGACGGGCACGGCAGCACACUGGAGGCACGCAGUAGGUCCACAGGUCAGAUUCAGUGACUCUCUCCCAGACCCGCCGACAGAUGGAAGGAGCCUAGCCUCUGUGCGGCAGGGGCGCCGGGAGGGUUCGCUGCCCCCACGGUACCGCUCCGCAUUCCUGGCUGUCCCUUAAACCCAUUCCCUCAGGGACCUGUCCUGUAACCUGAGGCUCAGAUGCUGCUUACAAGGCAGAUCUCAGGGAGGGAGGAGAAGGGAAGCGCUUCGGGCUGGUAAUCGGUCACUGAAACCUCAGUGUGAACUAGUCCCCCAUCAUCCUUCCAAUGGAGGAGUGAGGUAGACGGGACAGUGAGGCAGGGGUGGGGAUGGAAUAAGGAGAGGGUGAGGAGGGCGUUGGGAAUGUUGGGGCGCAGAAGAAUCCGGAGCGGCUGCCUGGUACACGGGAAACAUUGCCAAAGUCAGAGAGAGAUCAGGGUUCAAGUCUGGACUUUUCCAGCUGCUGGAAGUGUGGCUGGAGGCAAGCUCCAGGAAGGAAAGGGUGAAACAUUCCACGGUCCCCUAGAACGCUGGGAGAGAACACCGCCUCCCGGUCUGGACCGCCCCAGGGGGAAGGCCGGUGCCUUGGACCCCGAUCCCAGCACCCCGCUGACCUAUUCUCGCUUUGCAGUGAGAAGGAGCUCUAAAGACCACUCUGCCGCAGGCCCCGGCCAGCAGGUCCCAGUCGGCCUGCUCCUGCUGCUGAGAUCCGCAGCCUGCGCCCCUCUCCCGGGCACUCCACGCCCCAGGCACUGCCCUGUGUGCCCCGUCCAGGGUGGCCCCCAGGCCCGAUUGAAAAAGGAAGGCACAGGUGUUGAAGCAAUUCCCCGGAGGUCAUGGAGCUUUCGGAUUGUUCUCUUCAGCACAACAGAGUUCUGGCCUGGAGGCACCCUGCCCCAGCCCUCAGGGGCCAGAGAGCAGUCUGGAAGAUGGCCACACCCAGGCGGAUCUGGCCACAGGCCCCGAGGCAGGGCCUCAGGCGGCUGGACUACACAUGCAGGCAGAGGCGUUCUUUGUGUGAGGAGACACAGACCCACUGAAGGAUUGCAUGAGCCCAAAGAAAUUUCAGACACCUAAUGACUUGAGAGGGUCACCGAAGCAAAGAAAAGUUGCCAAAGAUCGGAGAAAGACAGAAGCAUGUGAUUCCUGAAUUAAGAAGUUCUUCACGCCCCUAUUCCAGACCUCCUGCCUGCCUGGGCUCCCAUGCAAGCCCUCGUGCUCAAUGACUCCCUACAUGCCUUCGGCGAAGAGUGGCAUAGACCCAUUUCCACAAGUCAUGGCAUAGAUCCAUUUCCCCCACACUGGCAACUGGCACCAGGGAACCUCAUCGUCUUAGCACCUUUUGCCUGGAUUUCUGCAAGGUCUAGGUCUCGUAUGGAAGUCAUGAGACAAGACCAUUGUACUCCUAGCGCUUAAGGUAGAGACAGACACGCAGCAGGUGCUCACGGCUUCUCAACUGCCUCCCUAUUGCCGAUGGCCAACCAGCGACGGCCCGACGGCAAAGAUUUUACCACCGUUGGCCGAGUAUGAAUUGUGAGCCAGCAUG